UUACACAUACUUUGAAAAUAAUAAUUUAGAGGCUUUAACUCGCUGGUUUACUGAUUUACACAGUUAAAGAAUAAAACGAGCACCAGUUCAAAAAUCGCGGGAAAUAAAAUAAUCAUCACAAAAUGCCAAAGAAAAGGAAACGUGAAACAGCUCCUGUAAGAAAUGAUCAUAAAAAAGAACCAGAGUCGGAAAUUGUUGAAAAAAGUGAUGUAAACUCUUCUCGAAAGAUUCUCAAAGCAAAGGCUACUUCAGAUUCGAACACUGUACAAUAUUCUCACUGGUUGAUGAAAUCGGAACCGGAAUCCAGGUUUGAGAAUGGAGUUGAUGUGAAGUUUGGUAUUGAGGAUUUAAAGGAGUGCCCUAACCAGACAGCUUGCUGGGAUGGUGUUCGUAAUUACCAGGCAAGGAAUUUCAUGAGGGAUCAGAUGAGAAUUGGUCACAAUGUAUUCUUCUACCACAGCAACACAAAGAUCCCAGGGAUCGCAGGGGUCUGUGAGGUUGUGAAGGAAAGUUAUGUUGACCAUACACAGUUUGAUCCUAAAGAUCCACAUUAUGACAGUUCUGCCAAGAAAGAUAACCCCAGAUGGUUUAUGGUGGAUGUGCAUUUUAAACGAAUGAUGAAACGAUAUAUUCCCCUGUCAGAACUGAAAGAACUUCACCUUAAACAUAAAGAAAGUGGCGGGCCACUUAAAAAUAUUGCAUUAUUCACUAGAGCGAGGCUCUCCGUGCAACCUUUGACCCAAGAGGAGUGGGAUUUUAUCAUGACACUGGAGGACACUGAAUGUUAAAAUGUUCUGACAGAGCGGUUACGACAAAUUUUCCAUCAGAAUGGUGUUCAGACUUAGUCAUGUGUUCUGACUAGAAUAUGUGUUCUUAGUUUCUAGUAUGUUUUAACUCAGGAUAAUGUGUUCCGACUUGUGAUAGUCAAAAAUGUGUUUCACCAGAUUGUGUUCAGACAAGAUUAUGUGUUCUGCCAUGACAAUGUGUUCUUAUUUGGGUUUCUAACUAAGGAUGAUGUGUUCUGACUCAGUCUUGUUUUUUUAUCAGAAUGUAUGGUCUGAUAUAUACUGUGUUCUGACACUAUUUUGUCUCUAACUAGAACACAAAUGAGCCGCAUCACGACAAAACCAACAUAGUGGGUUUGCAACCAGCAUGGAUCCAGACCAGCCUGCGCCUCCGCGCAGUCUUAUCAGGCUCCAUGCCGUUCGCUAUCAGUUUCUCUACUUGCUAUAGGGUUUGUAAGCGAACAGCAUGGAUCCUGAUCAGACUGCGCGGAUACUCCGGCUGGUCUGGAUCCAUGCUGGUCUCAAACCCAUUAUGUUGGUUUUGUUGUGACGCGGCUCAAAUGUGGUUUUGUGUUCUGACCUUAUCAUGGCAUUUAUCUUUAUUCAAAUUUUUUUUUAUAUCAAAUUUUUCACUAUUAUUGUGACUAGAGAUGCAAGAAUUCUUGAAUAUAUGAAAAGUGUGACUCUCUUUGUGUUUUAACAUGAGUGGACAGGAUUAUGCUUGAACUGUUU